CAAUUGUUGGAUAGUUGAAUCUUAGCGAAUUUCCUCUUCAUAAUCUGCUGUGGUUCAUAAUUACGUCAGUUCCAUGGAAUGUUUAUAAUGUGAAAUUCCUGCACUGUGUGUUUUGUAUGCAGGGCAGUCGGCAAUAUUCUCUCAGAAAUGCAUUGUAGUAUCAGUUGGAUGUUAUCAUAAAUUGAGUGCUGGAGUGAAACUGACUUCUUGUCAAUAGCUUAAUCGUUUAUCGAGGAUAGAAAAAACAUAAUCAGAUAAAGGAAUAUGUGAUGUUUCUCCCAGUAAGAGUAAAUGGAAUUAAGUGGAUAUUACGUGUGAAGAGUUAAGGGGAUUAGCCGAUUGUUAGGGUAGCGUUUUGUGACAGACCUGGCUGUGUUUCUACCGGUCCAAGAUGUAGAGGACUUUGUAUAUUUUUGCAGGAAAACCACCAACAGUUUAUACCAGGGGCACAUGGUCAACGCAUGGAACAGACUGGGAGCAAGGCUGAAGGUACACCACCACCGGGCACUGACAUGGAUCCAACCCAGUCAUUGGAGGAGUUUAUCGCAUCGGGGCGUACCGGGCGACGAAACGCCAUGCCUGACAUACUCCACUCAAAUCAUGCAGGAGUUGGCACUGGGGGGCUUGCCGAGGAUAUGGAGAAACUGAACUGUUCAGAUGCAGGGCAGGGAGGAAGCACUCAAAAUUCUCAACAAGUUCAACCUGGGCAGAGCUCCUAGCAGUACAUCAUCUUCUAUAAAUAGCAACUUAUCAUGUCAUUGUGAUAGUCAUGUGACUUUUAAGAACAGCUGCCAUUGGCUACAGUGUGCCCAUGUGACAGCAAGCAAUACUUUGUUCUGAUUGGAUGGUUUCAAGUGUGUGUUUGCAGUGAGUGGAAAACUUCAAAACUGCAGCAUUAUUUGGGAAGUUUGACUACCGAACAGUAUUGAAUGAUAUUCAAGUGCAAACUUGAAGUAUUGGAUUUGUUGCUACAAUGUUAUGUGGUUGUGACAGUGAUAUUUUAUCAUACCAGGUCUCAUUAAAAAUGUUUGUUUUCAGUUUCCCUUCCCACAAUUUUUUGGAAAGGGUAGAUAGGGAUUUUUUUGCUGUAGAAUGCACAUAUUGGCUUCUAAGGCACCUCUGUAGAAAAAAAACAGAAAAUGUUUUUCACACUGCAGGAUAAUUUAUUUUUUUUAAUCUCGACAAUUUCACUGAUUUGGUUGGUGACUGCAAACAAACAUUUUUUGAAGGUUGGCCUCACAUUGUCGUUGGAAGAUGUCUGAGUAUGCAUUAUUUUAGCAAACUCAUUGCUGGCACCUUGAUAUCACCAGAUUAUGGGUUAAAUGAGGAUUGGUUUGAAAAGCUUGCUUUGGAUUGGCUGUUUCAAGUAGUUCCAGAUUCUCAUUGGUUGCUUGAUGAAUAGAACUGUGUUUGGAUUGGCUUAAAAUUGACCAAUGAGUGAUGGGAAUAAUUUGGAAUCUCAGAAUUAGUAAAUUUGAUACAGUUUAGAAUCUCAUUUUAUCGUAGCAAUAAAUUGUGAUUAUGACCGUGUUUUUUAUCAGAUUAAAAACUGUUAAAUCUUUGAAAGGCUAAAUGUAGAUUUUUGAUUCAGUGACAUCCAUGUACAUGUAGCUUCCGAGUCUUUACACUAAUAUGAUGUAUUUUUUAAGCUUUGUUCCAUAGUACUCAGGGGCUAUAUUUUUAAAGCAUCUAAGUGAAUAUUUUCAACUUUAAUGGUGAACAUUUUGGUAAUUUUUGACAAUGAUGUUUUAAAAUAACCUUUAAAUUUCAUCUAAAAUAUUCAGACCAUUUCAAUGCUAAUUCAAAAAUAUUGGUGUACAAACAUUUUUAGAUUUCUUCAAAUCCUAUAUAGAUAAAAGGAAAUUUUCCACUUAAUUUAAAAUUGUCACUAAGAUGCUUAUGGAUACUGCCUUUGACCUAUAUUCUGUGAAAUAUUUAUUUUGCGUUGAAAUUUAUGCCAUGAAGGAAUUUUUGUUGAUUAUCUUGUCUUAAGGACUGUCUUUAAUUUGCAGAAUUUGUGGUUUUGUGAUAAAUAUUGCUUUGCAAUAACAUUCUGCAUUUGCUUGAGGUAGAAAUUCAGAUUUACACAUAAAAACAGUUUAUGUUUUAAGAUUGAACAUUUUACAGAAACUAGUCAUAACAGAUAUCAAAUUCUGUGGUUUAAAUGAUGAAGCUGAGGUAAUAUCCCUGGGGGGAAAUAACAGGGCAUUAUAACUUUUUUUGAGACAGUGGAUAAUGUGAAAGGAUAUUAACUAAAGAUUGCCAUUUGCCAAUAUAAAGAUUUUUUUAUUUAAUAUCUUCAUGAAAUUUAUGAAAAAUAUUUUGUAUGAAUUGCUUGUUUAGUAAAUGUGAACAUUAAAAUAGUGUCUGAAAUCCACUGAGAAUAUUUUUUUGGAUUAAUUCAAACAUAUCUCAAUUAUCUUUAUGAAAAUUAUAUCCAUGACUGAUUUUGACCAAAGAAAAACAGGUCUUACACAUUUUCGACACUCUAGAAAACAGUUUAAACUUAUUUAUUUACAAUGGUUGGAUUGUGAAAUAAGUUAUUACACCAUUAUAUUUAUCCCUCAUUGGCACGAUGUUACACGAGAGUGUGAUCUUGUGUUGUAAGGGAAACCAGAGGAAACCCACUUGUCUGGCCGGGUGACCACUAAACCAAACUCACACUAGAAAAUGAAGAUAUUUUCAAACUUGAAAUGAGAUUUUUAAACUACGCAUUUUUGUUUUUUGUGAUAAAUUUUCGCUACAUAAUACAUCACAAGUUUUCAUCAUAAGUCAUUCAAAGAGAUGCAUUUAUUAUUUAUGGGUUUCGUCUAAGGUCCUAUUGAUUUUACAGUUAUUUUGCAGUUCAUUUGUUUUAAUAGCUGAGAUUACAUAUAGAUGAUGCUUACAGAUAAUUUUUCUCAGAUUUUAAUCGGCAUGUGGCCGAAUGUAUGCCAGUAAUAUAAAAGCAAAGUAAGUCUGUUAAAAAUUGUCCUUCUUUAAAUCUUAUAUGGGAUAUUUCAGACAAUUUGUGAUUUGCAGAUUUUUAUGAUGUCACGGCUUUAUUAAUGUAUCAUACUUGGAAACGUUCCCGGUAAUAUUAGCCUUUUCAUUGUUUUUAACAAAUACACAAGUUUUAUUUUAUUAUUUAUUUACAAUUUCCAUGUCUAUCCUAAACAGGUACUAUCUCAAGUUUGUUAAUGUGUCAUACCUUGAAAGUACCGAGAAUAUAAAUCUUUUCAUUGUUUUUAAUAAUACAGUCAAAACUCCUUAUGUCAAAAUUAUUGGGACCUUUAAAAAAAACUGAAAAAAGUUUGAUAUUGUACGAAAAAACAAAACAUGUCAAACUAAACCCAAAAUAGUUGAAAAAAGCUUGACAUAACUGGAAUAUUGAGAUAACAGAGGUAAACAAAGUGAGUUUUGACUGUAGUUUUUAUUUUAUUUAUUUUUUACGAUUUCCUUGUCUAUCCUUAAUAGUAACUAUCUCAAGUUUGUUAAGGGAUGAAAAUGAAAAAAAAAAAAUCCCCUGAAUUGUUAAACAAAGAAAUGCUGUUGACUUCACUGUUUAUGUGCAUUUCAUAAACAGUCAUAUACACCUGCUGGUAAAUGUAUGAUUAUAUUGUCGCUAUUUCAAACAUAUGAACUCGCACAAACUGUUUACGACAUCAUGGUAUUUUGUGCUCAGACAUUAUUUUUGAUACAGAAGGAAAACUAAUCAACGAAAAUAUCAUACCAUCGCUUUUAUUAUCCCCUGCAGAAGAUCAUGAUGUGAUAUUUAUUAAUGGCAAUUACUUUGUGUGUUUUUUUUAACAUUUACGACUAAAAUUAGUUUGAAUAUGCAAGUAAAGUUUUAAUUUUAUUUGUGACUUGAUUGAUUUUGUUAUUAUAAUGCUUAUUCAUAAUAGAUACAAUCAUGUACAUUAAGUAUUCUUCAAAAAACAUUUCAGGUGCCGAUUUAUGAACAAACUAUAUGUAGCAAUUUACUGCUUUAUUUUGUAUCAUAGCUUGUUAUAUUUCUUUGUUGUUUAAAUUUCAACCUUUUUUUUUACCACAGGGACUUUAAAAAAAUUGUUUUUAAACAUUUUGUGGUUUAACUGAUGUAUGAUUGGUAAUUGUCUUCAAUGGAAAAAUUGAAUGAUUUUUUUUGUCUCUUAAUUUUUUAAAUUUUAUAAAAAUUCUACUUUAAAAGUCACAUGGUUUUAGAUUUAACAAAUUGUGAGUUGCAUCGUUUAUGAGUUCAUCUGACUGUUGGUCAUAACCAUUGCCUCUAAAGAACUUGACUGAAACUUAAUUUGUUCAAAUAAAUUUGUAAAAAUUA